CGAAGGAGUCCCAUAUGGUGUCUCAGCAAGAGAAUAAAUCAUACACCUACUACAGAAGAAGUCGCAGUGACCCACUUGAGAAGGUAAACAGAGGGCAGGCAAGAAAAGAACUGGGUUUCCUACUUUACUGAAUAUGAAAUGCAAGUGCUAUGUGACACUUAAGGAAUUGUCGUUUUAUCAGUUAUGAUAAGUAGAGCAGCUGGGAAUGAGAUUUUUUUUUAAUUCUGUUUUAUCCUUUUUCUUUUUAUAGAGUCUUUGUGUUCUAGCACAAUUGAUUGGCUCCUUUGUAUUUUGUCUCCAGCAAUACCAUCUUUGUCAUGCGGGUGGUAUUUGAAAUAGGUUAAGUGCUCCAUGUGGCGAACUUAAUAAUUGUUUCUGAUGAGGUUGUUAAGUCGCUUUGGGCAAGAUAAAAUGACUACCAAAUCCUAGCACUCCAUCAUUUUCCAUGAGUUUGUGUUGGGAAGUGAUUGAUCAGCUCUGUAGAGUAUAUGUUACUGAUGAACGCAGUGGCCCCUUGCUGGCUCUAGAGAUAGGAGCUGCGGUCUCCAGUCCAGGCUUGGGAGUCUCCAGCAUCUCAGUUACAUAAGCAACUUGGCCUCUGGUGUCUCCUGUUCUGCAGUGGUGUUCAAGCCCUCCUUUUAUGGAACCACUGGUCCUUCAGCCUUUGAGUGUGCCCAAGUGUGAUCAUGAUACAUAUGCAGGCAGACGAGCUAACAUGAGGUGGAAUGAUGAGUGGGAUGUAGGCAGCACAGGAGAGGGACCAUAUCCUAUACUCCUUCAAUCCACAGGCAUGCCCACUUCAGUAAUAUGAGCAGAAGUGUUGGUUAGCCAGGCUAGUGGUCCAUAAAGCAUUCCUCCCGACUGGCUCAGCUAUGUAUCCUGGGGCACCACACAUGUGUAAAACAUGAGCUCUUCGCUCCUCCUGCAGCCACUGUACCCCUAGCAUCUAUGGCCAGGUACUGAGGUGAGAGAGGCAAACAGCCUGUUAUGAGGGUGAUCUGGAUCUUAUUAUGGCUGUAAGGUUAAGGAACUGCUCUGUGGGUUUGAAUUGCUUCUCUUUUGCCUCUGACAUUCUGUUUGGUGAGCCACUGGAGGUUGCUGCUCACAGUGUGUGUCUGAGUCUGCCCUGACCCCUCCCUCCCGUUUGAUUGCUUGGCAAAAGUGCAUUUCCCUCCUUGGGUCAGCCUUGAACCCUUGUCCUAGGAAGACCAUGUGGGCUCUCUGCAGUAGGCAUCCUGCCCAGAAAUCUUUGUGAUUACUCUGUGUUAUGUCUUCCACUUCCCUACUUUUUGUCCGUUAUAAAAAAAAGUGUUUAUGAGGAACAUAAGAGUGUGCCUUCUGUGCAAACUUUUAAAUGCCUGAUGAAAAUUUUACUGUUCCACCAGGCCUAUGCAGCCAGUUAAGAGUACAUCCCCUGCAAUGGUUAAUUGUUGUUUCUUUUUAAUUUUAUUUUCUCUUUUAACUAGUUUUAAACUUUCUAUGAUUCUAUUGUCUGGUUUUGUUUUUAUAUUGUUGUAAACCUCCACGAUAUAUUUUUAUGAUACAGUGGUAUAUAAGUAUCUUUAUAAAUAAAAACAGAUAAAAUAAAUUGGAACACCUGCCUUUAGGGAUGACUGGAGACUGACAGUACAGAUGGUUAUUAUCUUAUUCACAUCCCAAUCUAUCAAGGCCUGUGCUCUGCAUUUGCAUCAGUGAUCUCUUCCUCAUGUAGGCUGCCUCCUUCAUUUUCAUGGCUUUGCCCAGGAAAAGGAAUAUGCACAUAAGAAAUCUUUGAAUUGAGGUUUUGUUAUUCUCUACGCAGAGGCUCUGGGAUGAAGAAGAACUACAGUAGUAAAUAAUAUUAUUAUACUCAAGGUAUACAAAAUUAGAAUUGUCUAACAUUCUAGCCACAAACCAUAUGUGACCAAUUUAGAAUCUAGAUGCAGCUAACUGAAUUUUUAAUCACACAUUAACAUCCGUAAUAGAUGCACGUUUUGGGCAAAUGAUCUUUUGUGCUCACAUUUGUCUGCUGUUAAUUACAGUCAGUGUUUGCUCAUCGAUCAUUGUACUUCUGCUACUGCAUAUUGGUUCUCUGCUGAAGUAUAACGGAAAACACUGUCUUUUUGGCACCACUGAAACACCAGCAAUACAGCAACACGGAGGGCAAACCUGUCAAACACACUCAGCUCAAUUGACCAGAAUAACUGCUUUUAGCUAGAAAAUAAAAAGGCAAGCUCAAACAACACUGCUCAAGUAGUCCCCUUAGGACAGGGCAAAGGGCAAGCAAAACUCAGCUGCAUUCAGGAUGGAUAGCAGGAGCAAUUGUGCUAUGUUCACACAGGAAAUGACAGACAGCACCAAAAGCAGGGAGUUACUGCUUCUGGUGUGCCAUUUACCAAGAUUUUCUCUCUCUCGUGCUCUCUUGCUCUGUAAUGAUGUGCAAGGAUUUCAGCCGAAUCUUUGAGUUCAGGGUGCUUGGCUUUCACUCUGUGAGACAAACCCUUUUUGCACCUCAGUAGGAGCACUGUUCCUGGCAUCUGCAGUUGCAUGGUCCUACAAGGUGGUAGAGCAGGAGAAGCUUCUGCGGACCCCAAGGAUGAUGGCAGAACCACAUUCUCAUGAUGGAGUUAAUGUGCUGCUGAAGGGCUCCCCUUCAAGCGAAGUGACUGUAUUAUCCAAAUCACAGUCCUCCUCAGGUCAGCACAUGAGGCCUUGAAGCCGAGGACAUGAAAAUUUAUAGCAAGGGGGUGACAAGCCCCUGGGCCAGAUCCAUUCCUUGAAGGCACUUCUGGUGGUCUGCCAGUCCUUGGUCAAAAUUAGUGGGAGGCUAUGGGGCCAUUACAAGAAGCUAAUGGUCAGGAAAAAGAAAGGCGCUCUAAGACCUUCUUGUAAUGGCACCCCACCAGAAUAAGGCAAGAGAGUGGACAAGAUUUUCUGCCUCUGUUUUUCUACCCACAUGGUGCUGUUGGGCUAGGAGAAGAUCUAGCAACUACUUCAUUUGAUAUCUUAAAUCUUUGGUUUUGAUUCAUUAUUCUGAUGGUCAUAGGAUCUUUGAAGGCUAGGAGUACAAAAACCCAUCACAGGUUAGGGCCAUCCAUCCAUCAGCCCCACACAAAAUAACAUGCACAAUCUACACAUGCCUCCAAUUCCCUGUAGUCUAGUAUGCGGAAAUUAGGACAAGUUAAUAGACACAGAUCCAGCACUCAAUGACUGUGUCAGUCAUUUCAAAGACAACGCAAUAAGGUUCAAAUGUAGACUGUCCAUGAUGCUGAGCAAAAACUAAGGUGUAUGGGUACACAGAAAUGACAAAUAUCCGAUGGGGUUGAUUCAUUUACUAUUGAGACUUUUAUAUUCUUUUGUUUAUAUGCUACGUUCAGCAUAGUUCCUGUAAUAGGAAUUGCAUAUGAAUAGAUAAAAGAAAACUGCUGUACAUGAACCAAGAUCAAAAGCUUUUAGGUAGGGCUCCAACAGAGGUCAAUACUGGAUAAUUAAUUUCCAGGGAGUAUCAGGAAGUUGAAUUAUUUCUUGGAUAGUUACUGCAAUCUGAAAUAUGAGACUCUGGAGCUCCAUAUAAUGAAUUGAAUUACACUUUACAAUACCCUUAACCAUUGUCAACAUCUUAAUUGAUACAACCUGCUUGCAUUAAGGUGCCAAGAAGCUUUGCACCAGGCCAGUGUGUGACACCUACAGAUCCAUCCAGUCAGAGCCAGAGUGUCAUACCUGGGAAACCAGGGUUCAAAGACUCCCUUGGCCAUGAAGCACACAAGGUUACCUUUGGCCAGUCACUGCCUCUCAGCCUAAACUACCUCACAGGGUUGAUGUGGGAAUUAAAUGAGAGAACUAUGUAUGUCGCCUUGAACACCUUGGAGGAAAAGGUGAAAUAUAAAUGCAAUAAUUAAAUAAAAAUAAAAAUAUAUUGCCCCUGCAAUCCACUUGUCACUCCAGCGAUCACUCUGGAGAAUGCUUCCAUGGCUGUGUUAGUAACCUGGGGGACAGAGUUGGAACUGGAUGUGUGAAAUCUGGGUUUGAAUUCCAACUUCAGUCAUUUGGAUUUGAGCAAGUGAAUCUCUGCAGGCACCCACAUGGCACUUUCUCCCCAAACAGUAAUCUUGGGUGGAUUCCUCUUUUUUUGUAAGCCAUACUACACUUGUGCAAAAGCCACAAGCGUGAUUCCCCAAACAGCCACAUGGCAGAUGUGGGUAGUAGGUGGCACAAUCCACAGCAAAGUGUCAUAUACAAAUAAAAGUUGGUCACUCAUUUGUCUUUCCUUGUUCUCCUCCUUUUGUUAAAAUGAUGGCCUAUUUUAAACGCUUGUGCAGGCCUCAGUUUUGCAUCUCUGAUAAUCUGGAAUAAUAAUUUUAUCUUAAAAGUUCUACCUUGCAGAACUUGUUUGUUCCAAUUUGCACACUAGAUUUUGACUUUAGAGGGGCUGCUAACCGAAAGGGUUGUUAAAAGCGAGGACUGUGAAGAAUGUAAGCAGAAGUUUGAUCCUUAAGAACACUGCAUUCCUCCUCACUCUGAAGGCUUCUGCAUCAGCUGCUCCUACAUGAAUCUUUUUGUUGGAACAGAAUGCUGAACUAGUUUGGCCUUUGCUUUGAGGCAGUUUCCUUCUCUCUCUCUCUCUCUCACUUAGUUUGUCACCCUUUAACUUUUCUUGCCUUUAACAGCUGCACCAAUAGAAAUUCAACAGGUCCCACCAUGAUUACAAAGGAUGUGUCAAGGGGUAAGGUAGGUAGCUGUUAAUGCAAAUACCAUGUUCUUUCCCAGGCAAUGUAAGGUAAAAAGGUAAAGGACCCCUGGACAGUUAAGUCCAGUCAAAGGCAACUAUGGGGUGCAGCACUCAUCUCCGCUUUCAGGUCAAGGGAGCCGGUGUUUGUCCGAAGACAGCUUUCUGGGUUGUGUGGCCAGCAUGAAUAAACCACUUCUGGCGCAACGGGACACCGUGAUGGAAACCAGAGCACACAGAAACGCCAUUUACCUUCCUGCCACAGCAGUACCUAUUUAUCUACUUGCGCUGGUGUGCUUUUGAACUGCUAGGUUGGGAGAAGCUGGGACAGAACAAUAGGAGCUCACCCCGUUGAACUGCCAACCUUCCAAUCAGGAAGCCCAAGAAGCUCAGUGGUUUAGACCACAGCGCCACCCGCUCCCUCCCAGGCAAUGUGGACCCAGCUGCCCCUAAGGAUCAGCCUCCCCAAGACCUGGAUCCUUGGCAUUGUCCCUCCCUUCCUCCUCCUUUCCAGAAUGGCUAGUCAUUUGGUAGGUGGAGGCGGUGAAGGAUACAGCCUCCUCCUCCCUCCCUAUUCGCCAAGGACCUGUGCUUGCUUUUGGCAGGCAGAAAUCCCUCAGGUUCAGCUUCGCCCCCCCCCAUCGCCGCACCUGUUGAAUUUCUGCAUCAAAGGCGCCUUCCGCAGCACCACUGGAAGGAGCCCUGAGGAAGAGCCACCCCACCACCCCCACGAGCAAGGCGUCGCAGCCAUGACUGCCUGGCAUGGGAAGCGAGGCGCCGCCCCGCCCUCCGCGCGCGCCCUUCCUCGGCUCCCUCCACAGGCUCCUCCUCCGGCCCCGGAUUUUGCGCCGGAGCCCCGCGCGCGCCGGCGCCCCUUCUGCCCAGCCACCCCGCCCCCGCCCGCCUGCCCUCCUCACAGCCGCGGCGCCACUUCCAGAGCUGUCAGUGCAGCGGCAACAGCAGCAGCCGUCCAGCCGGCUCUCUCCCGCCUCCUCCAGCAGCAGACGGCGGCGGCGGCCACUUCAGCAGCAGCAGGUACAUGGCGAAGCGCCACCUACAGCAGCGCCCCCAGGGCAGCCUCCAUUGGGGGUGCGCGGGGUUGGCAGCCGCCCGAGGUUGCUUUUCCCACCUUUUCUUUUUCUCUCUCCCCCUGCUUUGAUACAGUGGUCUCUCCUCCGGAGAGGGGGCAAUGAAUGCUGCAUAUGGAGGGUUUGAAAAGGAGGAGGGGGUUGUCCUACUGUGAAGUGGGAACGGGGGGUGUCUCUGUCAAGUAUUAUCCGGGGCAGAUGGGAUUACCUAUUUGAUGCAUGGCUUAUCUUUAUGGAGCUUUGUUCUGGUCCGGAAGGGGGAGUCUGGAUGGAGCCUGCGGGCUAAAGCCCCGUGCAGAAUCCUGGCAACGGAGACAGAGAGGCAUUUAGCAAGAUAUAGAUGGUGUAGACCUGGAUAUAGAUAACGACGACUCAGCCUUGUAGGGUUUCUUGGUCAGCUCCACCCCCAUCCCUAUUCUAAGGUCCUUACAGGUGACCCCUUUUUCCAGGUGUCCUUCUCCCCACUGAUCCACUCCCCCCCACCUGUCACUGAUGUAGGAAGCCGCCAGAUCAAACGUAAAAAAGAAGGGAUGUUUUAGAGUUGUGCUUACUGAGGCGGGGACACCCCCUAUUUUCUACGGAAAUGUGAAAAUCAGUUAAUGCCAAUGGAGCUAAAGGGAUCAAUUCAUGUCAAUAGAACCAAGUUCCAGCCUUUUAAAAAUGAAGGACACCUCCUCAGUCUAGGAUAUUUGACCCCUGAGAUCUCAAAUGGAGCGUUGUUUUGCUAACCUCCUCUCCACACAACAAGGAUGGGAUAUCAUCUGCUUUCUCAUUCUAUUUCUCAUAAUCUUUGGGUUCCCUGACCGCUUUCCCUGUGGGGCCAGGGUUAGAAACUGAGGCAUACUGGAAUUUGUGUGUGUGUGUAUGGGUGGGUGGGUGGACAUCUCAAUUCAUGACACAAGAUUAUCUGGGAAGGCAUACAGAGAAUCUCUCUAGUCGGUCUCUGGAGUUGAAACCUGAGGACAGAGUUCUAUUCGGCCAAUUUUUUCCAGCAGGUAAGGAGCAGGAGGAGCAGCAGGGUGUUAAACCCAGGAAACACGUCUUGAGGCUCAUUUCUUAACAUUUGUUUAUUUGCCUAACAUUGUGAAGCAAUUGCCUUCUGAUCAAGAGGCCAUCCCGAUCCAGUGCGAUGUUGCCACAGUCCUUGCUGUGACCUCUUCAUGAGCCCUCCUCAAAGCUCCUAGGAAAGUGGGUCAGCUUCUCCUGAGAAAUCUAUCUAUCCGACACUUUCUUUGUUGAGUUUCUGCACUGCCAGCUGGUUAGGAGGCUGCACUCUGGCCUCUGUGUUUAUGCACAUAUUGAAUGCGCUUUGCUUCAAUUAUUCAUUUUUGGUGCUACAGUAAUUUCCUGCAGCUUCUCUUCUCCAGGGAGCUGGUGCGUAACAAGAUUUUAGCAUACUCUGCUUUUGAGGAUAUCAUCCCAUUUAGCCACAUGGCAGCUGUCUUUAUUUCUGUGCUUAAUAUCGGAUACGUAAACAAUAACAGGAAAAUCAUUCCGGAUCUGUCUGAAUACAUCACGGGUCUCAAUCAUAACAAGUGUGGGAGGGAAGUAUCCUAGCAUUUCAACGUGAGGCUGAAUGUGAGGUGAAGUCACAUCUAAACUAACCUUUUCCAUCUUUUGGGCAGGGGGGCAGGAUUACUGGACUCAUUUGUAUGCACGAAUAGCCUGCUGUGACCAUAAAGCAAGUAACUCACAGUAAAACACCAACCAAAACAGCCGCCGCCCCCCAGCCUUCAAAUGUUACGACUCUUAUAUUUGCUGGCUUCACAAUUUUGAAUGACAGAUUGUAAAUUCAGUGAAGCUCUGUCCAUUACGUCAGAGGUAAUGGAGGAAUUUUAUCAGGGUUCAUGGAUGUCAAUUCCUUUCUGUGUCUGCAAUUUCAGCCAUAAAAUCUUGGUUGCAUGCUACUUAUACAAAUAUCCAUUACCAUUUCUUCAUCCGAAGUUUCUGCAAACAAUGCCCUUUGUACAUAAAUCAUGCAUCCCUGAGUUCCAGGUUUGGUCUCCUGACUCGGUUAUGCAAUCAGAUUAAAGAGAUGCAAAUAUUCUCAACUUCCUAAAUUUUGUUGUUUUGCCCAUUUAGAUUUUGAGACUGGAUCCAUUUAAAUUUUCUUUCCAAAGCAGGGUUGAAUGAUUGGGAAUAAUAUGUGCAGGGGAAGAAGGAAGGGAGGCCAUGGUUAGGGGGCUCAGCCAUUGCAGAAUAGCAGCACAUAGGACCAUGACUGAUAAACUUCUGCUCAUGGUGUGGAAGCCUCAAUCACUGGUCACUGGAAGCCCCCACAAUUCUUUCCUGGUUUCUGAGGACCGAAUCUAGACAAUCCGGGUUGGUUUUGAUGCAGCUGCAGUUGCAGUGGAAAAAUACUCAUCUCUUAAUCCCCACAUAGUAAAGAGGUGGAGUAAACAGUUUUCAAAUGUAGGAAGGGAAGAACCAGGCAGAAAGGUAGCUUAAUGGCUGGCAUUUGAAACCCCCAGAAUGGCGAGGGAGGAAUUUAAAUCAUAAGCUGUUGCAAUGAUGUCCCAGGCACUGUCCCAAUAUCAGCCCACAACACCAGCACAACCACUCAAGUCUCCACACAGCAUUUGCAAGAAUUGUGAGACACACUUCAUCAGCAACAUUGUGCUGUUGUUUAAGCAUUUAGAAAAUGUGGUUUCUGCUGAAACAGAUCAGCUCAUCAUAGAAAAACGUCUGGAUCGUGUAUGGCAAUCAGAUUUCUACUCUACAUUCUGCACAAUCUGGGAAGGACCUGAGCUGUUAGCAGAUAUUGCCCUCAUGUUUCCAAGCCUUUCUUGACAGCCUUAUGGUCUGGACUCUUCUCCCCCUCCCCACUCUCUCAAUAUAAAAGGUGAGAUACUUACGGAACCAAAUUUUGCAUUUCAACAAAGGAGUCUGUGGAUACAUGAAAUAUACACACCUGGUCAUGCUUAGAGUGAUGCAAAUUGACAUAGAACAAGAAUGGAUAUUUUUCUCCCCUUGCCACUUUAAAACAACAACGUCUAAUCUGCCAUUCCCUUUCAAAUGCAAACAACAUUAUUCCAGGACCAUUUCAUGCUACAUUGCUGGAUUUUAAAAACAGAGAAAGUCAAAGCUCGAAAACCCAAAACCAACAUUUCAUCAUCAAAGCCAGAGUUUUAUGGGAUUCAAAGCUAUUUGCCUACUUUUGAAUUCAACAAAAUCAAGCAUCAGAGCUAUGUCUGAUUUGGAUGUUAUGUGGGAUUUAUUUCAUUUACCACUAUUUAGCAAAGAGACCCCCUGAUAAAACAUCAUAUUGGGGUAUUGCCUUCUCAUCCCAUUCUUAUGCCUCUCCUGCAUUAGUUUUGAAGACAGUCUAAAUAUUUUGGCAGAGUCAGUCUAAGAAGCUAAAGUCUGAACUCUGCUUUAUUCCCUAGAAGUAACAAAUCUCAAUUUCACAGGUUUAUUCUUUCAUUCAUUCCAUAUAUUUAUAGAAUCAUAGAAUCAUAGAAUCAUAGAGUUGGAAGAGACCACAAGGGCCAUCGAGUCCAACCCCCUGCCAAGCAGGAAACACCAUCAGAGCACUCCUGACAUAUGGUUGUCAAGCCUCUGCUUAAAGACCUCCACCACACUCCUUGGCAGCAAAUUCCACUGUCGAACAGCUCUUACUGUCAGGAAGUUCUUCCUAAUGUUUAGGUGGAAUCGUCUUUCUUGUAGUUUGGAUCCAUUGCUCCGUGUCCGCUUCUCUGGAGCAGCAGAAAACAACCUUUCUCCCUCCUCUAUGUGACAUCCUUUUAUAUAUUUGAACAUGGCUAUCAUAUCACCCCUUAACCUCCUCUUCCCCAGGCUAAACAUGCCCAGCUCCCUUAGCCGUUCCUCAUAAGGCAUCGUUUCCAGGCCUUUGACCAUUUUGGUUGCCCUCCUCUGGACACGUUCCAGUUUGUCAGUGUCCUUCUUGAACUGUGGUGCCCAGAACUGGACACAGUACUCCAGGUGAGGUCUGACCAGAGCAGAAUACAGUGGCACUAUUACUUCCCUUGAUCUAGAUGCUAUACUCCUAUUGAUGCAGCCCAGAAUUGCAUUGGCUUUUUUAGCUGCCGCGUCACACUGUUGGCUCAUGUCAAGUUUGUGGUCAACCAAGACUCCUAGAUCCUUUUCACAUGUACUGCUCUCAAGCCAGGUGUCACUCAUCUUGUAUUUGUGCCUCUCAUUUUUUUGCCCAAGUGCAAUACUUUACAUUUCUCCCUGUUAAAAUUCAUCUUGUUUGUUUUUGCCCAGUUCUCUAAUCUGUCAAGGUCGUUUUGAAGUGUGAUCCUGUCCUUUGGGGUGUUAGCCACCCUCCCAGUUUGGUGUCAUCUGCAAAUUUGAUCAGGAUGCCCUUGAGUCCAUCAUCCAAGUCGUUGAUAAAGAUGUUGAAUAAGACCGGGCCCAAGACAGAACCCUGUGGCACCCCACUAGUCACUCUUCUCCAGGAUGAAGAGGAACCAUUGAUGAGUACCCUUUGGGUUUGGUCAGUCAGCCAGUUACAAAUCCACUGAGUGGUAGCAUAGUCAAGACCGCAUUUUACCAGCUUCUUUACAAGAAUAUCAUGGGGCACCUUGUCAAAUGCCUUGCUGAAAUCAAGGUAGGUUAUCAAGCAGUUAUAUACUGCUUAAAACUUGAGACUAUCUCUAAUUGAGUUACAAAAUAACAAAAAUGAUAUGUAUACCAUUAAUGUGGCAAGCUUGUUAAUCUCCACCCAUUUGUUCUGUGCAUCCCUCGAAUAUUCAGUUCUUAAAAGUAAAGACCAAGCAUCUUGAAUGAAGUAAUGAGGGCUAAAACAGACAACAUAGUGACCACGGAGAAAGCACUAUCAUUUGCAUGCCAGCAGUGGCACCUGCCCUGGUCACUGAUCACUGGCAUGUUAACCCUACAUGAGUAUGGGCCAACUCACAUGGUAAGUGUGUGAGACACGGUAGUGCACGCAUAAAAUACUUGUAUUGGAAACAUAAUGUGGGCACACACCUGGCUUAUGCCCACUCUCACAUCUGCUAUCUGCCUCACUUUCUGGAUUUCCCCAGAAAUUUCAGAGAUCACUUGAUUGCAAUCAGCAAUCAGUAGAGGCGGAGAUCCUGGCUCUUAUAUGUCUUAGAAGCUCAUUACUCACUGAAAGCCUGAGCCUGUGCUUCCAUUUACACAUAUAAUCAGCCUAUGCAUUGCAAGGGUGAAAGAAGCAGGAAAACCUUUGCUCCAGCUUACCUGAAGCCAGGAUACAGUUGUACAUGCUCAGGUACAACUGUCCCUCCCCACCAGGGAAGGUCAGGGAAGAUGUACAUCAGGAACAAGAGAGGCAGAAAGACUGGCAUUGGCAUCUGCUGCCCCUAUGGAUCCUGCCACCUGAGGCAGUCCCCUCACCUUGCCUCAUGGGUGGGCUGGCCCUAUAAGUGCCCUUAUGCAAUGCUUCUAUGUUGGGGGCUGGAGGCAGCCGCCAUAGCAGGACCAGCAGCUUCACUGAUAGUAUAAGUAAGUCCAGCAUUAGAACAAGGCCACAGUGCUGCAAGUUAAGAAUCCAGAUACAUGCAAUGUUAUGCUGCUUAACUUUUUUCACUGCAACUUGAGUACUUCAGUGUUGUCCAACUGUUUUUAUGCAGCCACAUGCAGCCUGCUGGAAAUUUCUCUCAUCCCCCUUCUGUGUGUUCUUUCGUGUGCCAAUUCUGGUACCUCCAUAGUCCUCUACUGUCUCUCACCAAUGCUUUGUAAAUUACUGGCAUGCUCUAAUCAGAGUAAAGAACAAGAGAGAAAAUCCUUGCUGUGCCUGAUCAAAGGAUUGAGGCUUCCAGUAGGAAUCACCCUGCUAGGAGCAGGAACUGAUCACAGAGCCAAGCAGCAGAAAUAUCCAUCUAGAGGCUGGUAAUUGAUUGCAAAGGCUACAGGAGAGGAGCAGGGAGAGAUGAGUUCAUGGUGGCAACCUCCCCCUCAGCCUCCUGUAUUUGUCAAAUGCUAGAAUGUCUACCUUAGCGGUGCUGAGAUGAAGACUCAAGAGAAGGGCAAAGAGAGACUGGUGAUGACUGUAGAGAGAAUAUUAGCUGGAAAUUACAGCCAUUUUUGAACCUAUGCAAAUUGAUAUCAGGGCUUCAAGGUAUGAUUAUGCACUGCCUCUCCCACCUACCCUUUUCCUUGCUUCAGUUUUUCCUGAUCCAGUUACAAAGGGCUGUAUCUGUUCCAAGGGCAUCAGAAAUACAAAGCAGGUAAUGUGGUAUCUUCAAAUCAGGGAUGGGGAUCCUGUAGCCCUCCAGAUGUUGCUGACUCCAACUCCCUUCAGCCCCAGCCAGCUUGGCCAACAGUCAAGGAAGAUGGGAGUUGUUUUCAAGCAACAUCUGGAGUGCCGCAGUUUCCUCAUCCCUGCUUUAAAGAGAUCCAUGUAUUCUUACUGUAAGGGAAGCUGCUCCCAUAAACUUUAUGACACAAACUAUGUAAUUACUUCCUUUGCAUCUCUGACAUGAAUUUGAGCCUCAUGGGAUCCAACUGAUCAGAGGGAGGCCAGCAGGUCAAAACCUUGCUUAAUCAUGUUAGGGAGAUGAUUAGUGAGAUUCCAGCAGAUUACAUGUUGGAAUUGUGAGUCCUAAAUCUGAAAGUCUCAUCAGCCAUGAGCUCAUCAAGUGGCCAUGGGAAGAUAACUUUCUCUGUUUUGAUUUGUAAUAUUUGACAGAGAAAUGGCAGCCACCUAACUCAUGGGCUUGCUACUGGAACGAAUUGAGAGAGAAUGAUAAAGCAUGUUGCACUCCAGAACUACUCUGGAAAUUAUGAACAAUCAUCAUAUGGAUAUCUUGAUUUGCCCUCACUGGAGGAGAAGUUACGGAGGGUGUUUGCUGAAAAAGGAGUCUGAAGUCAAUUAUAUUAACUGGAGGUAUGGGGAGGUAUUGUGUCAUGCAUAUAUGUUGCCAAGGGAAAGUAUCUUGAUCUAGAAGGCAUGCAAUUAGUUUUUGGUUUUUUGCUUUCCUGAAGCGUAGAUGAGGAAUGUGUCUGAAGAAGAAAUCCCAUCUGCACCUUUGUCAAUAUCAGCAAAACCUGUAAAAGGCAUUAAAAUGUGGAAUGUGGAGUAUUUUGAGCAUUUCAUUUUCCAUUAAGACAAACCUGAUAACCAUUAGCUGUGCAUUGUGUCUUAUCCAUACUGCAUUCUAAGGGCUCAUCCAGAUUUCAUUUUGUGCUGCACUCCCAGGCACAGGUCGUGGCUUAAUGCUCCAUGUUUCAGUAGUUUUUGUUUUGCCCCUGCACUUUCCCCAAGAAAACUCUCAUUUUGCAUCUGAAUCUGAGCAAAUGUCAACCUGCAAAGAACCCAAUUGCCGUUUGCUCUGAUUCAGUUUUCCCAAGGGAAGCGCUGGGGAAUAUACCAAAAAGCUACUUGGAAACAGAUAUUUAAAGCACAAACCUGUGCCUGGAAAGUGUGGCACAAAAGGAAAUCUGGGUGAGCUCUAAGUCUUACAAGAACACUGAACGUAAGAUCAACUGACAAUACCAAUAGUGGAGCAGUUGCAAACCAUGGUGUCACACUUAAUACUCUGUUAAUGAGUUGAAGCCUUCUUUUAUGACAGAUACCAUUAGUGACUCGAACCAUCAUCGGGAAACUUUGAAGAGUAUCUUCAGAAUGGAAAUUCUACAUAGUUCAGUGCCUUUUAAAAUAAAAACCAAAGAUUCCAGAGCAUAUGUUUUCAGUCUUUAAACAACAAUAUUAUAACUGGAGAGAUGCAGAAUCUGGCAAGACUCAGAGCUGCAGCCAUAGAGAACCUGAUGAUAUACAGACUGAUCAUGAAAGUUAUUAUGUUUAUAGGAGAUUCGUUCACUUUGUAUUUUUUAUAGGAAAUGAAGCCUGAGGAUCACAGCCAUCUCCCUCUCUCAUGAAUAAAAAUCAAAAAUUACAUUCUAAAUCUCAGAAAAGAACAAAAUCCUUAUUGAUAAUAUCAGCAAUCAAAGGCUAUCGGCAUUGAGCGUAUCAUAAUCCUGGCUUAGUAGAGGAUGCUUGAUGCAUUUCUUAACAGAAAAGGAGACAAAAUUAAACCAGCUGUAUGAGGAGGAGAAUUAUGAGAUAAUAUCUUGGUUGAUAAGGCAUAUAUAUAUUUAUAUAGAUAUCUCCUGACUGAGAUCCUUUGACUAAACCCUGAAGACUAACUAGUCAAAGGGAUGUCUUCUCUAGGUGGAACAUGACUCAAUAAGAGUGUGGAGUCAACAAAUGAGUGUGGUUUAGUAGAAAGAACAUUGGGAAGAAUUCAAAAUAAUGUUCUUCAGCUUGCCAAAUGGAACACCUGCCAAUUCCCUUUGAAUGCUGUUCUGAGGGUUCUCCUGACCCGUCCCUGAACCAAUUUCAGGGGGUGGGCAUGCAGGAUAGAGGGGGAGCCCCAUUGUGCAAGCAGAAAUUCUUCCACAGUGCUUCUGCCGACGGGACCCAUUCAGUGAAUCGCGCCAUUGAAUUCAGCAUCAUGCAGACUAUUCACGUUUAGAAUUUAAGAUUAAUUUACAAAUAGCAGCAAGAAUGUGAAUCAGAAACAAAGGGGAGCCACAUUGAAAGAGAUCAGCAUUUGGAAGACAGGUAUGGCUAUCACAGUGAAACACACUAUCUUUGUGAGAACGCUGACAGCAAAAUGAUAAUCUUAUGAAUAAUUGGUCUGAAUAGCACCUUUUGAACUGUCAAAUAUCCUUGCAAUUUAUUUUCCAUGUUGUAAACUCUGUUUGAAUAAAAACAUAUUUGGACAGCCAUAAGAAGCUCACUGGAUCACUUUAGGCAAGUUCCUGUCUUACCAUCUAACCUACCUCAGGUGGUUGCUGUGAAAAUGAGAUCAGGGUUAUUAGAGGAAGGGUAAGAUACAAAUAGGGUACGUAGGUGGCACUGUGGUCUAAACCACUGAGCCUAGGGCUUGUCAAUCAGAAGAUCAGCAGUUUGAAUCCCCGCAACAGGGUGAGCCACCUGCCCAAAGAAGCUGUAAAUGUAAACUAUGCUAUUAUUGGGUAUAGGGUCAUAUCUGCCAUUCAAAAUGUCAUGUCAUAUUUAUGACAUGAAUAACAUAUAAUAUGGCAUGAAAGUGAACUGGGAAAUGUUAGGAUCUAUGUGAAGAAGGAGGUAGUGUAAAUACAAAGGAAACAUGGCAGUUGUCUUCAGAUAACUUGCUGCUAAUGCCCACUCUAAGGUCCCAAAGGGAUUAGGCACAGGAAAAAAAAACAUUUUGAGUACAAACCUGUUUUGAUUUGGUUUGGUUUUGUUUUUUUGAAAGGCUCUUGAGAGAGAUUGUAGUUUUUAUUCUGCAGGUAUUAGCCAUUUCCAAACACCUAAAAAGACAGCUCUGGGGGAAGUUAAAGAUCAUCGGGUACCAGGAGGAUGAGAAGUGCAUUUCUUCCACCAGCCAAGAACCAGAGGAACUCUCUCUGGGACCAGAAGGCUGCAGAGCAACUGCUGGAAAGGUGUUUUUUUAUUAUUGAAUGCACAACAUAAACCGAAGCUGAGGAAUUAGACUCCUAUACUUAAGUCUUCUCAUUGAGGCUUUGCCCAUUUGACUGUGGCAUAUUAACACUGAAAUCCCAUGAGGCUUAUGCAUUGUUAGAAUGCACAAAAUUGUAUGGAAUAUUCCCGAUGUCAUAUUCUCUGGGAUUUGUAAGAAUAUAUUAUGGGGUGGGGAGUGUAGAAGGAUCAGGUAUAGUGGAAUGGGAAACACUGUAAUCGCCACUCGUGUACCCCUCAAAAAGUGCUAACCCAUACUGCUAUAUAAUCAACCUUGAGCUACGUGUCAUAGUGAAUACCCUACCACUGGCAUUUGAAAUAACUGGGCAGUUUUAAUGUUCCACAUUAGGAUGGGCAUGCAGCUUCACAGAGACCACUCUUCUAUUUGAAGGGUCCAAGUCUGGUUUAAAGACAAAGAACCCUAAGAAGAAUGAACAAGAGCCUCGAAAGCAGAAGGGCUCUAACUUAGUGGCAGAAGGUCAUGCAGAAGGUCCCAGGUCCUCAGCAUUUGCAGGUAGGACUAGGAAUGUCCCAUGUCUGAAACCCUGGAAAGCCACUGGUAGUCAAUGUAGACUAUGCAGAGCUAGAUGGACCAAUAGUUGGACUGGCUAUAAGGCAGCUUGCUAUGUUCCUAUGCUGCUGACCUGACCAUACCUGGACAGCAGACUGGGUAGGUACACAGGUCACCUUCUCAUAGUCUUCCUACUCAGUUGUAGUUAUUAUUUCUACAAAUGGACCCAUGCGUAUAGAUUAGCAUAGGCAAGGCUUAUGCAAAAGGGUGUCCUCUUUUUUGGCAGUGCAGACAACCAGGCAGGCAAAAUCUUCUACCACGAACAGAGCCUUAAUUUCAUAUGGAUUCAGUCCUUCUAAGGUAUAAUUAACUUUUUCCUGUGAUGAUGCACGCAAAUUAUAAAUUGCGUCAUCAUCUGAUACUUGGGAUCAGCAUCCUGUGAAUGGAACAGGCAGCACACAGUAUCAGGGCAAAUCAAAGAAAAAGCUUUAUCACGUCUCUGCUAACCACAGGGCAUGCAGGCUGCUCAUUGUACAGGCUUUUGAUGAUUCAUAUAAUUGAGACACUUGCAGCUGUCCUAAGACAUUAGGCUGAUGUGUUACAGUGCAGCCGGCUAGAAAGUACCAGGAUUUUUUUUAAAAAAAAUGCAGCUCACAAGAUGCUGAGAAGUACUUAUAUCACUCCGUGCAGCUACAUCAUUUCAUGAGAGUAGUCAUUUCACAUUUUUUCAACUAUGGGUCUAAUCCAUUAGCCAUAUGUCCAAAGAGUCUGUGUUUGUGGAACAUCUGCAGUGUCCAGAUUAAAAUAUAGAACUAUGCUGUGUCUCCUCAUAAAAUUCUGGCCUCAUUAAUUAGAAGAAGGCUCACCUUUCCAUAGCCUCAGAUUCAUUGUGGACACCACCUGCAGUCUUAACACCAUGAACAUAAAAAUGCAAGGAUAAACUUCACCUACCAUUUGGACUUUGCCAGAGGUCAGAAAAACUCCUCUCUAGCCAAUGUGAGGCUAUUGAUAUUUGUUUCCCUGAGAAAAUGGUGAAAUACUUAAUUUCUGAGAGGGGCUGAAAGUAGUGGCUGAAUAUGUGGACUGUUAAAUGUUUCAGCUCUUGACUUCCCGGUCAUUAAUUUAAUAGCAAUAAGAUGAGUCACAUGUGGGUACACUCUGGGUGCUAGAACCACAUAAAAAUUGCCAUCUGUUCAUGAUUGAUGGCCGAGAGGCUGACUUCAUUAAUAAAUAACAUUUACAGAGAAAUCACGAUCUAAUUUAUGUUCUGGACUCAUUUAUAUCCUGCCCUAGUGUGCUUCAGAAGAUAUGCAGCUGUAUAACCUGAGUGUAGCUGUGUUGGCCUAAGGAUUUAAGGUAUGCUUUGCACCCUCAGGGGAUCACCUUAAUUUGGAGGAGCUUAUGGAUGUUCAAACUGAAAUUUCUCUUCUCCUGCCCCUUAUCUUCUUAGAUAGUCCAGGCAAAGUGAUCCUGCUGAUGUCUGGAAGUGGGUUCUUACCUAAUGAUGGGACCUAGCAAAUGCCUGGCUUAGUAGAGAAGGAUCUAGUUGUUCAACUGCCUGAUUUCCAACCCCUGGAGCAAUGUGUCCACAUCCAUGGGAGUCGUCUCAAUGGGACACACUACUUCCAGAGCUGCAUUUUAGGUUUAAUUCUCUUCUUUCUUUCAUGCAUACCUUUUUAUUGGGGGGGGGAUGCAUUUUGUACAUUAACAACACGAGGAUUGGUGAAAUAGGCAUCAAAUGCAGUAAUUAGCUAAAUAUUUCUAACCAAUGCAAACAAAUCACAUAACCACUUUUACUUUUGUAAGUAUUUUCUUAUCCGGGGAAGAUUUGGGAAACUAUAUUAAUAUAUGAGGACAAAAACCAGUGAUACAUUCAGAUCUGAGAGAGCCUGAGGAUAAAUAGUGCCCUGGCCAAGGAGCACCUUGGUCAGUGUUACAGUGUUGCCAAGAUGUUUGGCUUGGAAAACUGAACAGUGUUAACAGCUUCUCCAGCUCCCAAGCUUUUCCAGCAAUAGCCAUGAAAAACUGCUUCAUUUCACCCCUAGCUCACAACAUACAGUCAAAAAGCACCAGGCUUUGCUCAGUGCUCCCUUCCAGUCAGCACGCAGGGUGGGCCUGCAGCUCAGUCAGCUUAGAGAUGGGUGAAUAUGUCAAUGAUGGUUUCUCCAUUUUUCAUUUUUUCCACUUUUGAAUUCAGUUCCCCGCAUUUCCACAUCAGUUCGGGCUUUGAAAAAAGAAGUCCUUGUGAAAAUUCAUCGGCAUUUAGUACAAAUUUCUCCUAAUACACACAUCUUUGUAUGGAAUUUUGCCUAAUAUAAUCAUUUUUGCAAAGCAUAUUUUCCCUAAUGUAAUGCAUGUUUAUAUGACAUUUUCACACUUCACACUAGUAUAUACGCUUUUGUCCAUAUUACUUGGCCGGAGAAGGGCACUGCAAAAUUCAGAGAAGUAUGAAUCUGAAAGGAUGGCUGUGUUUCGGUUUCCAACUUCUUUCAGAAAGUGUGAGUUAAGUAGGUUGUCCUUUAACGUGAACUGAAUGUACGCAUGUACAAAGGCAUUUCAUGAUAUUUGUGUGGUUUAAAAAUGUUUGCAGAUAAAAGUAGCUCAAUAGUCCCCUCUAUUUCUGAUGAAUGACUAUUGAUUGAAACAGAAGAUCAAACCAUUCUGACGUCUUUGUCAAAGGGAAAUUUGGAAUUCUGAGAAAAUGCAAAUAAUUUGCUGACUAUUUAGGAAGAGCUCUAAUUCAAAAUGAAACUAAGUGGCUACUUCAUCCAAGAGCUGCUGCAAAGCGGCUAAAUUUAGCCUUUUCUAUAAUGACCUUAUCCGGAAAUUAACACUGAAGCAGUAACAGGGCAGUUGUUGUUUCAGGGACCGUGGGGGUCAGCAUUCAGUGGAGACGUCUUCAAGUCUGCAAGCCCUUUUUGCAUAGCAGCUACCAGCUGCCUCUCUGAGAAAUGCUGAACCUGUCCCAGAGAAUAAGACAUGCUUUGGAACAAUGCUGGCUACAUGCUGUCAAGCUCAGUCCUUUGCUGUCAUCCCCAGCCUGAGUAUGAACAAAGACAUAGCAGCCCUCCAGGGCUUCAGUGCAAUCUUGUGGCCAUAAUAUCUGAAUGCACUAAGGAUCCACAGACUGAGACUGGAGACAGUUGAAGGUGGUUUGAAACAGAUUGCUUCUCAUGACAUGUACAUUCAUCCCAUUUUCACCUCUGGUAAACAUGCUUUGCAGGGUUUUGCAAUUGUUUCAAAGCACCUCUGCAUACACACAGUCUUUCUCAUACCACUUUUAAUGCUCAUAGAGACAAUUGUGUGGCAGAUACAAAGCUGUCCUUCUGCGCCAUUCAGAGCUCCUGAGUGGAGCCAGUUCCUGUUAAAUGUGGGGCUUGUAUUGGAUUUGAAUUGGAUUUGUAUUGAAUUUAAGUCUCAUGUAGGCCUCACCCCCACUAUGCAUUUAAAGCACUAUGGUACCACUUUAAAGAGUCAUCAUGGCUCCCCCCCCCAAAAAAAAUAAACUCCUGGGAACUGUAGUAUGUUAAGGUGUUGAGAGUUGUUGGGAGACCCCCUAUUCCCCCUGCAAAGUUACAAUUCCCAAAGUUCUCUGGAAAGAGGGAUUGACUGGUAAACCACUCUGAGAACUCUGGGUAAUGUUAAACCAUUAUGGGAGAGGAGUGUGGUGAAAGAGUCCCAUUUCACGAGUGGAAACUGCUCACAGGAUCCGGAUUCAACCUUAUAAUAUCUUAAUUUAGAAGCAGUUACUUAGAUAAAAACUGAAACAUGUGGCUUUGCAGUAAAAAAGUGUACUUCAAGCAGCUUUAAGUGAAGGCGUAUUUUCCUGUUCUGUGAAUGUGAAAAUAGUGAAUGUGUUUACUAUUCUAUCGUACCAGAGAAUUGAGAGGAAACCUUCUGUAGAAACAGUCUUCAUAGCUUUGGGGUAAUGAGCGUGCAAAGGUUUUACAUGAAAGGGGUCUGCUCGAAAGCCCUUGCUGUUUGCAGCACACGGGGAUAAAAGAGAUCUGAUAUUUCCCUCUAUUUCUAAUUAUGCAACUGUUGAUUUAGACAGAAGAUCAAACCAGUCAGAAGUCCAGAUUUGUGCCUGGAAUUUGAGACACAGGCCUGAGAGUAAAGACAACCAGGACUGAAAUCCUCACGACAGUAUUUUGUCUUCCUACCAGCAUCUCUCCCUAGAAGAGGAUCCCAACACUUGUAGGCCACUUGCUUUACUUCUGCUUGUGCUUCAGAGUUUCCAGACACACACACGCACACAUGGCGAAGCGUAUCUUUUUCAUGGUAUCUCUAGCACUUUGCCUUUGAAACCCUUUGAUGCCAACAGCACAGCCUUCUAAAUUCAUAGGCUGCCACCUGGCAGUGGGCCAGCUCUGAAGUGACAGACAGUGCAGACAAGAGACCCCAGCCAUUGAGCUCUCAGACUGAGUGAUGUUUUAAUGAGCACAAGAAAGAAAGGACAGUGAAAAGAGCUCCAUGUCUAUGCCAUGACUGCCAGGUUUGUUCUCAGGCUGAAAGUGCCAAUAGAUCAUGCUUUGGCCUCUUGCCAUUAGGAUUAUAUAUACUGGAGCAGGGAGGGAAAUGCAUUUAGUUCUUUCUCAUCUGUGUUUCUCGUGGACCUUCGAUGGUUGUUUAUGGCAGGCAACCCAAUCUAUUUCUAUCCCGUAGUUUGGAUCCCCCUCCCUUUCAUGAAAGGUCUGGUUUUUACUGCUAAUAUAGACAUUGUGUUUUGUGCUCUCUGGUUCCAUCCCCUCCUGUGUGUGGAGCUGCAUGCAGAUUGCCUCAUCCAGGGGGUGGAACUGGAUUAUCUGUCUGGAGUUUUAGCCUACCAAAUGAUAAAAUCAGGUUUGUGAACAAUGAGGUAUUCAUUUUAUGUUGUUCCCCCCACUUUUUUCCUAAUUUUCCCAGUGAGAUGCCCCUACUGUUUGUGCUGGCGGUGAAGUAGCCUUUCUGGGACCAGCCAGGGAGCAGCCCUAGAUCUCAGCAGCUCUGUUUACAUUUGCCUACUUCAGAGCUGCCAAUAGGCUAAGCAGGACAAAGCCCACACAUCUCUUUUGAUUGGUGACCAAAUCACAUCCAGCCCUGGCAUGCAAACAACUAAGGCACCUUAGGAAAAGGAGGCAGGGGAGACUAGCAGUCGAAAUCAGAGUGAAAUGGGAAAUACAUUCUAAACCAAGGAAUUAUUUAUCACAAUAAUUAUUAUACAAGCAAACCCUCCAGAAAUAAAUCCUUAAUAGGCUAAAACCUAUGCAAUAUCUUUGAAGAUGAGCCAAACCCAUUUAUUUGAUGCUUUGGUGGAGACCGUAAGCAGAUUUGGCCUAUUAAGGAUUUAUUUUUGGAGUGUUUGUAUAUAUGAUAAUUUAUUUUAUUGUAAUAAAGAAUUCUAUGCUUAAAAUACAUUUCCCUCCACUACCACCCCAAGCUCUGUUUUUGAAUCUAGCCCUGUUAACAAUAGUUUCCGGACUUCUUGCUCUCAAUGGACAAAGCAUCUUGAAUUAGCAAUCAGUGUUCCUUAAAACCAGACAGCAGUGUUCAACUGAAAAGGGAGAGAAAUGUCAAUAGUAGGUUUAGGUGAACAAAUACUGGUUAAAAAUGGAGAAACAACUAAAAUAUUGGGCAGAAUUAGGUUGCUAUAGCAACAAAUAGAGCUCUGUUUAGAAGUCUGCAGGGCUUGUCUGCAGACACAUGUUGAAUGGUUGGAUUCACAUGAAACUCUAGCAGUCUUCUCCACAAUCACCCCACCUUCCGACACUGAUCCAUGAUGACUCAUGUCACAACUGGCACUUAAUAAAGUUGGCCAGCCCAACUUCCCCCAUGCCACAUUUUCCCACAUCAAAGGGUAUUGUUCUGGAUAGUUUUGAUUUUAAACAGUCAGAGUUGGAUAUGCCCUUGGAGUUCAUUCCUGUGCAUGUUAAGUGUCUUCGUGUUUUCAGUCCCAAGUAACCAUACAUAAACUUGUGGGCUGAUGCCAGCUGAGACUGGCCAAGGUAUGGUAGUCUUACAUGGAUUGCCGCAGGAUCUUUGGUGCUUGGAUUUUAAAUGCUUCCCUCCCUGCUGAUAACCUGUUCUAGUUUUGAGUGUAAUCGAGCUGCAGCGCUGAACCUGCUCUUACCUUGUUUUGAAAUACUUCAACUAAAAUGUUGUCCCCUUCACUUUUUUAAAAAAUUCUUUAGAUAUGAUGACUCAACUGAGAACCCAACUUUUGUUUGGCUUCCUGUGUCAAAUCACCUGCUCCGUUGUGUACGGCUUCCCUGCUGAUUCUGGAUCUGAGUUCCGGUCUGCUUUUUCCGUCGCUAGAACCAGCAGUAUGGAAGGAAGCACUGAAAUGGUGAUCACCUUUGACAAAGUCUAUGUGAACAUUGGCGGGGACUUUGACCCCAAAGCUGGAUUAUUCCGAUGCCGUAUCCCUGGAGCCUAUUACUUCUCCUUUACGGUUGGAAAGUACCCCAAGAAAAACUUGUCCGUCAUGCUGAUGAGAAACAAGAACGAGGUUCAAGCCAUUGUAUAUGACGAGCAUCACCGUAAAGAGCGGAAAGUGGCAAGCCAGAGUGCCAUGUUGCAGUUGGACUAUGGUGACACAGUCUGGCUGCGCUUACAUGGAGAUCCCAAAUAUGCCCUCUACAGCAAUGUAGGUCCCUAUACAACUUUCAAUGGGUACCUCAUCUAUCCAGACACGUCCAGCUAUUUUCAAAACAGUGUCGGUUCCCAGGAGCUAGGAGAAACUUCAGGGCCUUCUUCACCUAAUGUAAUUCAGCAGCUUUCAACGAACCAGAACGAAAUCUCAGAGAAACACCUUUUUUCGGACCAGCCCAGCAGAUCGCAGGAUACUCGUUCGGCCUUUUCUGCUGCCCGUUCAGAAAGCCUUCUGGGGUCAGAUGAGAAGCAAACCCAGCACGAGCCAAUCACAUUUGACACAGAAUUUGUGAACAUUGGGAAAGAUUUCAAUUUCUCCACCGGCAUCUUUACGUGUCGCGUUCCAGGUGCCUACUAUUUCUCCUUCACCAUUGGCAAGAUGCCCUUCAAAACCAUGUCCGUGAAACUGAUGAAGAACCACAACGAGGUUCAGGCGAUGAUCUACGAUGACAACCACUCCAAAAGGCGUGAGAUGCAGAGCCAGAGCAUUAUGCUGCCUCUGCAAUAUGGCGACACCGUUUGGCUCUACAGCCACCAGCACGAUGGCUAUGGUGCCUAUAGCAACCAUGGCAAGUACAUCACCUUCACUGGAUUCCUGGUCUAUCCCGAGACAAAGACAAAACCGCCUCCAGAUGCCAACAUGUCUCCAGGGUCAAGAAUCUAAACAGAUAUAUGAAAAGGGCAUAAGAGAAGCCAAGAUGCAGUAGGCUCUGGUGCAGGUCCUGGACGGACGUCAUCUUUCACAUGACAAUGUUAAGAGCAUGCUAUUGUAUGUCCAGUGCAUUCCUUACGCUGCACGCUUGUGUUCUGACUGCAGAGCCAUUGUUGUUUAUCCCACUCAUUCAUUCAUAGAAUGACCUUCACGGGAUAUGUGUGUUUUGUUCAUUAUUGAUGUUUGAUUUAAGCAUAAAGCAUGAGGUAGCUUGGGGAGUAGAAGAAAUAGGGGCAGCGAAAUGAGAUGUGAAUAAAGGAACUGCUUACAGAAAUACUGGAAGAACUUAUGAAAGACUCGGCAAGGCACUUGGGAGUUGAUAACAUCCACUGCAAAUGCAGACCAACACUCUGAGAGAGGGGUGUAUGUAAUGAAAAUAAUGAAC